UGAAUGCGUCAGUUAUUGAAAAUCUGUGAUCGUUUCGGUAUUUAAUUCGUGUAUUGCCUUUCAGUAUAUGUCAAUACUUAACAGUUUAUUGUAACCGCUGCACAUACAAGAUAAAGGUACGAUAGCUGAUAUUUAAUCAUGCCUGGGGAAAGAAGACGAAAUGUUUCCAACAAUCAGCGACAUGCGCAUCCAGGAUCAAAAGUACCGUCAACUGCUCCAUCUCCUGUGAAGCGUACUGUUUCUGAAACUUCACAGAGAUCUCAAAGAAAUUACAGCAUCACAUCUCAGAAGCCUAAAAACAUGGACAAAACGAAACCGACACAUGUUGGACACGGGCGGACUAAAACUCAACCUCCUCCAGAGACCAAAAAAGUGGAGGAACCAGUGCCAGUCCAUGAACGAAAUGGAAACAAUAAUUCUGAAUUGGAAGUAGAAGUAGCAAUGGACGAUAAUACGGUCCAGGCAAAGGAGGCGAGUUCUUCUGAUAUGGAGAAUAACAACAGUGAAACGGUACAACAGAAAGAAGAUGAUGACAAGAAAUCAGAAUCGGACGAAAAAUGGGCUGAAAAAGCUCCGGAAGAAUACAAUAUCAAAUCUUUUAACGAUAAGAUUUUAGAGUACAGCGAAGUAUUCGAAACAGAUAAGUUUAAUAAUGUAAAUGAGGACUUCCCAGUUGAGGACCUAAUCUCCUUUGUCAACGUCAUUUCCGGAACCAUUGACGAGUUUAAACAACAGUCCCAGGACAGCCAGCGACAGCUGGAGGAACUGUGUUCUAAAAUGAAGCAUGUGAAGGAGAACAUCCAUUAUAGUAUUACAAAGAGACAGAUGGAACUUUCACCAGAGGAAGAAAUUCAAAGCAUUGAACAGAGAGAGCUAACGGAAAAACUCGCAAAAUUGAAUGCCGAAGUUGCCCGAGCGAACGCGGAAUUAUCCGAAGCUAUCCGACUAUCCGUAGAAACAGAACGUACUGCUACAGCAGCACAAGUCUACGCACAAAGAGCAAAAGACGAAGCGCAACAAAUUGAGGAAGAGAUCGAAUUAAAAAGGAAUCACGAAGCUAAGAAGAAAGUGGAAGAAGCAAGAAAAAUGGAGGAAGCUAUUCAAAAGCAAGAGGAAGAAGAGAGAAUGAUAGAACAAGCCAAACAGGACAAAGAAGCAGAAUGGAAAAGAAAGGAAUCAGGAUAUGUGGAGAAAAGUGCAGUUUGGGAAAAGUGGCCUACAUUUGAAAUUGUACUAGAAAAUGGCGACGUUGGUUGUGUAGUCCGCGCCAGUCCUGGCCACUUCUCUCCUGAUAAUGUCCAGUUAGAACCGGUUAGUCAGCUGAAUUGCAAUUUGACCUAUGGUCCACAAGAAGAGCUCGUCAGCAGUAUACUGCGGUUGUCACCGACUACUGAAAAUGACAAACUGGAUGUCCCUGUUUACAUAUGUGUACCUUUCACUUUAUCCCGAACAAGCGCACAUUCGAGGGAACCAUUCAUUAAAGCAGAAAUUAACGGAAGAUGGAGUGACCUUGAGACCAGAGAAGUUACGUUUGACCAUCAUAAGGAAGCGAAAUUUGCGCAAGCAGAGCUUAAAACCUUUGCGAAGUUUGCUGUAAUGACAAGACUGAAGAGAGAUUAUAUAACUUUUUCAAAAAGAACAGCUAAAAUUGCGUCAUCAUAUGAUCAGCGUGUUACACUAACUGUACCCAAAGAAACCUUUAAAUCAAGGGAACACGUUCUCCUACAGGUUCAGCCUGUUGAUUCUACCACCAUACAUGAACUGCAACAGAAGAAGCCAGAAUGUAAACACAUCCUCACGUCAAGUCCCAUCAUCAAAAUAGCAUGGGAAGGAGCCGACAUAGUCAAACCAAUAACUGUAACGAUCCCAUGCCCACCAAAUCCAGCAAAGGCAAGAAAGAUUGCCCAAAUGAGAAAAAUGAAAGAGGAUAAGAUGAAACAAGCUCGACCAGUCAUCGUUACGUAUGACGAAGAACAAGAGAAGAAGAGACUUCUAGAAGAAAAGAAGAAAAAGUACCAACAACAGCAAGAAGAAGCUAUGAAUGAAUUGGAAGAAAAGAAAGUUCAGACAAAGUGGUAUAUGGGAGAUUAUGCGCAUACAGAUGAUGAUGAGAACGAUCUACUUUAUCUUUUGACACAAUCAUCCAAUGGUAAAUGGACAGUUCUUGAGAACAUACAUAUUCAUCAGAUAAAGCUAGAUUUACUACAGUUUGAUAUGACAAAACCAUUAGAUAGUUUCAUGGUACUUCGUACCCGUAUGAACACACCAGACGAUACAGUCGCUCUCAUGGCCAAUGUAAUAUCAGAAUUCUUAUCACAGAGAUUUGCACAGGUUCUUGUUAAACAAAGGAGCGACGAUCCUUAUGACACACUUAUCAGUGUUGUUCCAGCAAACAAGGCACUUAAAACUUCCAAAGAAAUGGCGGCGAAAGGAUACAUUGAAGGUCCUGAUCCCAGUCCCGUUAUAAACCUCAAUGAAGGAGAUCACAUCGAGAUUGCAUUUAGAGGGAAUAUUUGUGACACUACUAACAGACCACCAUUAUUUGUGUACAAUUCAAAUAUUGUCUCGGAACUGGAAGUUUACCUUUCGGAAGUUGAUAAAUACUUACAAAAGAACUUCCGAGUGUAUCGCGGAAAGAUACAAAUUUAUCGAUGCUAUUGCGAUGUGAAGGACAAAAAAGCCAAACGACAAAUGUCUGUUGCAGAGGAUAUUGCGCAAUCUGCCAUUGCAGAAAAGAUCAAACAACACUUAUGUGAUAUUCCAAUAAAUAUUCCGAAGUACAAUUUGGAGUCAUCGCCAGUUCCAGUGAAAGCACCCGUUACCAUAGUAAACGAUUCUGAUCCAAUAAAUGAAAAUCUAAUGCGCUAUCUAGCUGUUGAAAUGGGAGAGGAAUGGCGUCGACUUGCUCAAAUACUGAAUGUAAGCCGUGCACGGAUGCAAGCAAUUUUAAGAAAUAUACAAAUCAGCGACGGAACGGAAGAAGAUGCACGAUAUGAGAUGUUGAUGAGCUGGUUGAAGAAAAUGCCAAAGGCAGUUGAUAAGGUAUCUACAUUAAAUGGUGCUUUGAUGAGAUGUGGUAGAGACGACUUAACGGAAGAAAUACAAAAACGUAACAAGGAGUUCCGAAUGCAACAUAUUCAUUGAGUGAUCAGUGUAAAAAAUAGACAUGGUAAACAUACAUUGAAUUUAUCUUCACGUGAUAUUGCAAUAGGAUCAACCCGCACAUGAUAUUGCAAUAGGAUUAACCCGCACGUGAUAUUGCAAUAGGAUUAACCCGCACGUGAUAUUUCAAUAGGAUUAACCCGGGCGUGAUAUAACAAUAGGGUGAAUCAUCACGUGAUAUCGCAAUAUUUACAAUAUGACUACUUUGCUUACACUAGCGUUUUUUUCUUGGGAACAUUAAAGUAACAGAGGUAUCACCUUGAGAGACUAGAAGUUGAAACAUGAGGUCUGGUUGUAGUUCAUUAGUAAUGAGUAUGUUAGAUAAGGACCUAAAAUGGACCCUAUUUUUAACUACAAUUUCAAAUAAGAAUUUAUUGACCAAAAUUACAAUGAUUCAUAGCUAAAGCAAAGACUAGAUAGGAAACAUGUCUUUUCGUUUAAAAUUCACGUGCUUGUGUUCUAUUCAUGACGUCACAAAUAGCACUCGUUUUGGUUUUUCUCGAAAAUUCAGUGAAAACGAGUAAAUUUCAAUUGAUUGUUUUGACAUAGAGCGCAUGCGUUGACAAAAAGAUCUUUUAAUAUAAUGUUUGCUAUAACAUUUUACAUAUUUAACUUGAAUAUCUAGUUUAUUGACUCGUGCUCUCUAUGUUCCCUAGGCCUGAAUCUGGUCGAAAUCUGGGAGAUUUUGUCAAAUUUCGCAAAAAUCUCUAUGUUUGGCCUAAUUUGGGAUGUAAAAAUUAACGUUUUAAAAUAAAAUUGACAAAAUAGUUCUAUUUAACUUUCUCACAUGUCUUUUCGUCAACUUAAAACGUUUUUUAUCUUGAAACAUUGAACUUUAUAAUCGGGGCCAAAUAUGGCUCAUACCGAACUUACUCCUUUGUCUUUGUAUGAGGCGAUUUCUUGAAAAAGAUACAGUUAUGAAACAGUCUUUCUAUAGAUUAUAAUGAUAAAAAUCAAAAUGUUUGACGGUGAAGUUGCUAUGAACCUUCAGUUUGUCCUUGCUAUUGUGAAAUAUUUUCUAUAAAAAUCGUAAAUUGUUUUUUUUUAUAGUUAUGAUUUAAAGUUAUAAUUAUAUAACAAUAUAACAGUUACUGUUAGAAAGUUUAGCAGAUUUAUGUAACUGCAUGUUAUUCACAGACUACAUGCUUUGGCUAUUUUAUUUGUAGAAAUGAGUGCAGUAUGAAUGAGUUUGUGCAAUAUAUAUUUAAAUGUGUGUGGACAAAACAUGCAUGUCUUUCAAAACAUUGAAUGAAAAUUAUGCCUAUGUAUUACUGUAAAUCAAUAUGAUUUUUUUAAUUUCAUGUUUCAGAGAAUUUGUAAACAAGCUAUUUACUCAGAAAAAGGUUAUCUUUUUUGGUAACCUGCAAUAAUAACCAUCUACAGUUUGUAGAAUUAUUCUGUUCAUUCUCUCUUUGGAACAAUGAUUACAGCAUUGUAUGAUAUUCAUUGGCGGAUCCAGUGGGUUGUUCCGGGGGUUGGAACCCCCGUUUUGUUCGAUUUUCAAAUUUUUUUCUAAAUGAUUUUUUUUUUCCUAAAUUUUUUAUAAUUAUGUGAACGUUCAUGGUGUUCCGGGGGUUGGCACUCCUUUUCGAAAAUGGCUGCAUCCACGUCAGUGAUAUUGAUCAAAGAUUUCUUAACUCGUAUGAUAUUUCAAAGCAUGUCUUCCCUUUAAACUUCUGAACAAUAGUUUCAUUUUUGUAGGAUAACCAUUCAUUUAGGUCAUGCUUACUCGUACAUUUACAUGCAAUAAUAAAUUAUUAUAUAGUUUUUUUAUAAAAAGAAAUGCUGUAAGUUAGCCCAACCGUGUCGAUCACUAUGACAUUUUUAGUCAUUUAGAAAAAAGUAGUUUUAAUGCAAUUGUUCUCUUGGAAGAAAACGGAAGUGACACAAAGGUCAUUAACUUGUUUUACCGCCUUUUACAAGUACAUUUAAAGUUUAUUCGAAAAGGAAAAGAAGAUAAGUAGGAAGCAUUCACAACCAUUAUAAGUCGACGACACCCCCAUGGCAAAACGCAAUACUAAGAAAAGACAAAUAAAGGCUAGCAAAUUAUUUUACAAAACAAAAGAUUGAGCACCAGGAACCCAACAAAAAAACCCGGAAGGGAACGCCAUGGCACCGGGAGGGUAACUAAAUCCUGUUCAACUAGUGGCAUUCAAAGUUAUAAAGUUGAUUAGCAGAUAUGUGAUAUUUAAAUGUGAUGUUAGAUUUACACGAUAUCUGUAUGUGAUGUUAAAUUUACACGAUAUCUUUAUGUGAUGUUAAAUUUACACGAUAUCAGUAUGUGAUGUUAAAUUUACACGAUAUCUUUAUGUGAUGUUAAAUUUACACGAUAUCUGUAUGUGAUGUUAAAUUUACACGAUAUCUUUAUGUGAUGUUAAACUUACACGAUAUCUUUAUGUGAUUUUACUGUGCACGACAUCGAAAAAAGAUGUUAACUUGAUACGAUAUCAAUUUGUGAUGUUAACUUUACAUGAUAUCGAUAUGUGAUGUGAACUUUACAUGAUAUCGAUAUGUGAUGUUAACUUUACAUGAUAUCGAUAUGUGAUGUUAACUUUACAUGAUAUCGUUAAGUGAUAUUAACUUUACAUGAUAUCAAUAUGUGAUGUUAAGUUUAUAUGAUAUCGAUAUGUGAUGUUAACUUUACAUGAUAUCGAUAUGUGAUAUUAACUUUACAUGAUAUCGUUAAGUGAUGUUAAAUUUACAUAUUAAGUAUGUUUAGUUUAUUCUACGCAUUUAUAUUAAGAUGUUAUAGUAUUUUGAUGUUUAAUGAAGGUCCACAACUUUUGUGAUUUUAAACAAAAUCCGUCCAUAUUUUGUCUUAUAUCAUGUAAUUUGUUAUAUGUUUAAAUAAACACAAAUACAUACAUA